AUGAAGAACUUCCUCCUUGCGGCGGGCCUCCUGGCCUCGUCUGUUUCAGCUCACAUGCAGAUGAGCGAACCCUUCCCUAUCCGCAGUCCCCUCAACAAGGACAACAACGGCAAGAAGGACUACUCGUACACCAACCCGCUGUCGACUGAUGGCUCUGACUUUCCGUGCAAGGGCUACGCGGAUGACCCGUUCAACGCGACUGCCAACUACAACCCUGGCGGUAGCUACCCUCUGAAGCUCGCUGGUAGUGCCACUCACAAGGGCGGUUCUUGCCAGAUCUCGUUGUCGUACGACCAGGGCAAGACCUUCCAGGUUAUCCACUCCAUUCUGGGUGGCUGCCCCAUCGACAAGGAGUACAAGUUCACUGUCCCAUCUGACGUUCCCUCUGGUGAGGCUUUACUUGCCUGGAGCUGGUUCAACAAGGUCGGCAACCGUGAAAUGUACAUGAACUGUGCUCAGGUCAACAUUGGCAGCAAGGGCGGCAGCCAGAGCCGCGAGAUGGUCAGCAACGCUGAUAACGACGACAUCGACGCCAACAACGCUACCACUCGCACCACCGACGCCCAGAGCUUCGACAGCUUGCCUCCCAUCUUCAUUGCCAACGUCAACGGCCCUGGCAAGUGCGAGACCGUCGAAGGCAAGGACGUCAACUUCCCCAAGCCCGGCCCCUCCGUUGAGGGCUCCGUCGAGGGCAAGGGUUACAAGUGCGAUGGCGACGCCGACUUCCUCGCUUCCGACUCCGGCAGCAGCACUACCUCCAGCUCCAACUCCACCGAAUCGUCGUCCAGCCACAAUAGCAACGCGCCCGACAACGCCAACGCUCCCAUGUCCAGCUCUAUCCUCGACUACCAGCGCGAAGGCGGCAUUGAGAACAAGCAUCCCGUGGCCUUUGGUACCACUGCUUCUGAGCCCCGCUUCGGUCCUCCCACUGGCGCUCCUGCUCCUCAGGGUCAAGCUGCUCACGGCCACGGACACGGUCAGGGCCACGGCCAUGGUGGUAAGCCUCACAACGCCUGGGGUCCUCCUGGUGGCAUCGCCUGCUCUCCUGACGGCAAGAACUUCUCUCUUUUCACCGCCGACGGUUCCCCGAUCGCCAUGGGUUCUGUCGCUGCGGGCACUAUCUGCCGUGAUGACAAGAUCACCUGGGCUUAA